UGCUCACUGUUACGCUGGACCUGGAGAUGUUGAGUGUGAUUUCUGCACCGGGAGAAAAUACAAAGCCGUCAAGUCCUGUCUGAUGUGUCUGGCUUCUAUUUGUGAAAUUCACCUGAAAUUUAGAACUUCCUGCUUUGAAAAAACACACAUUAAUCGAAGCCUCAGCAAAACUACAAGAGAAGAUCUGCUCUCAACACAAUGAAGUGCUAAAGAUCUACUGUCGUACUGAUCAAACCUGCAUCUGUUAUUUGUGUAUGAUGGAUAAUCACAAAGGUCACGACACCGUCACAGCCGCAGCAGAAAGAGCUGAGAAACAGAGUGAGCUAAAGGAGGAGCAGAUGAAAUCCCAGCAGAAAAUCCAGGAGAAGCAGAAGAAGGUGCAGGAGCUGAAACAGGCUGUGAACACUAUAAAGCUGAGUGCACAGACAGCAGUGGAGGACAGUGAGAGGAUCUUUACUGAGCUGAUCAGCUCCAUGGAGAAAAAGUGCUCGGAGGUGACGGAGCUGAUCAGAGCUCAGGAGAAGGCAGAACUGAGUCGAGCUGAACGACUCCUGGAGCAACUGGAGCAGGAGAUUGCUGAUCUUCAGAGGAGAGUCAAUGAGCUGGAGCAGCUUUCACACACACACGAUCACAUCCAUUUCCUCCAGGUAACACUCACUGUCUGAUCUACAGAGCCAGCUGUUCCUCACACACUCUCUAAAACACCUCUCAUUAAAGCAACAAUAAAUGUCCCUCUCUGACAUCACAAGUGUGUCUGGUGUUAUCCUGAGAUCAGGAAACUUCACAGUUUAUUACGGUUUGUUAUUGUUUAGAGCUCUAUAACUUCUCUUUAACUCGACUUAGUUAGACUGUUAUUUUGUGAACUUGUGAUCAAGUAGCUAUGACUUCAUUUGUCUGAUGUGUUUAUCGUGACAGUAGAGCAAUGAAGGAUCACAGUAGCCACCAACACUGACUAAUGUAUCUACUGUUUUCCUAAGUCUAUGGCUACGACAUUAAAAACUGAUGGAUCAUAAGAAGGAUUCAUACUGAUUAUAUGAUGUAUUUGUGUAAUGCAUGCAUGGUAAUGUAAUGAACACUGAUGGAUGUAAAUAUGACUUCUUUAAAAAAAUCAUGAAUUCUGCUAAAGCACUGAAACUGACAGAUGCAACACUGUACUACAAAAAUCCUUAUUCUUCUAUAUAAAUGUAACUGCAGAAAAAUUUGUUUACACAUUUUGU